AUGGCUCCAGGUGAUUUCCAGGUCGAGAGGGUUGCCAUCAUUGGUGCCGGUAUCUCUGGCCUCGUCGCUGCCAAAGAGUGCCUUGAAGAGGGCUUGCUGCCCACCGUCUACGAAGCUCGCCCUUAUAUUGGUGGCCAGUGGCACUACGAAGAACCAGACUCAUUGACCGGAGAAACCUUUUCAUCUGUCUAUGAUGGAGUAGUGUCGAAUACAUGUGCUCUCCGCUCUCAGUUCAGCGACUUCCCUAUGGACCCCGCACAAUAUCCUGAUUACCCGACUCACAAAGACUAUCUGAGAUACAUUCACGAGUAUGCCGGCCACUUUGGAUUGGAGAAAUACAUACUUCUGAACACUGGGGUGAUAUCUUGUGACAAGCAGGGUCACCAAUGGAGAGUGACAACGAGAACAACUGAGGAACUCUUCGGCGCACUCUUUAUCUGUACUGGUAAAGAGAGUGUGCCACAUAUCCCAGCAGUUACUGGUCUGGAACGCUUCGCGGGCCGUGCUAUUCACAGUCAUAUCUACCGCCAGCCGGAGGUCUAUGCCGGAAAGCGAGUGGCAAUAAUUGGCCUCGGCUCUUCAGCAGUUGAUAUCUCAAGUGAAGUCUCCAAACACGCCGAGUCAUGCCAUCUCAUCACUCAGCGAGGAGGCUGGGUCUUGCCCAGAUACGUUAAUGGCAAACUUGUCGAGUCCCUUCAAAGCCGUCUAGUCGAAUAUCUCUUACCUCGUUCCAUUCUCACGUUCAGUUACGAACUUAUUCACCGUAUUGUCAUGGGCGAGGUGCCUCCGGCUCUGAAACCAAAUCAUCGAAUCCUUAUGGCGAAUCCAGUUGUAUCCAACGAAUUCCUUGACCAUAUUCGUGCUGGCCAUAUAGCUCCACACCGAGCCUCCGUUGAGAGUUUUGCUGAAAGUGCCAUCGUUCUCAGUAACGGAGAAACCCUUGAAGUCGACGAAGUCAUUUUCUGUACGGGAUACAACGUCACCAUGCCAGUCAUCGCCGAGGAAACGUACCGUGGAGAAAAACAAAACUCGGUUCAUCUGUAUCGACUCGUUAAUUCUCCGACAUACGAAACCCUCUUCUUCUUGGGCCUGGUGGAGUUUCUAGGGCCCAUUCAUCCGACUGUUGAGCUUCAGGCUCGAUGGGCAGUGGCUUCGCUGACCGGAAGGAUUCAUCUACCUUCAAGGGAGAAGAUGCAAAAGGAGAUCAAGAAAGCUGAGAAAGAGCAAGAAACGAACUUUGUCAAUUCCCGUCGCCAUACGAUAGCGGUACCUGCGCUCGGAUACCAAGAGACUUUGGCCGCUGAUCUUGGUAUCAAGCCCAAUUUCCGAAAGCUUUUCCAGAAAUACAUCUUAAGCAGAAACCCUGCAGAUGGUCUGUCGAUUGUCAAUUACUAUUAUAAUGGGAUGAUCACUUCCGCACCAUACCGACUGUUCGGUCACGGUAAUAAGCCCGAGCUUGCCGAAGCAACAAUACUGCGGAUGUCUAGACAUGAUGACAAGCUGAGCGAGACGGAGGAGAUUCUUUUGACAGCUGAUAGAGUUGUGUGGAACAUAACUGAAAGUGUAUGA